AUGGCCGUCCCUCCACCACCGCCGCGAUGGGUCGUUGACCUGAACGCCCCUCCGACUGCGAAACCCAAGACCUCGAGCAUUGCUGACCCACCAGGCUACACUGCUCCAACAACCUCAUCUAAGAAUACUGUCGCCCAGACGUCUGCUCGUAAAGCUCCUACAACCGAAGAGAUGGACACUUUGAAGCUCAAGAAGGCCUGGGAGGUCGCCAUCGCUCCAGCCAAGCAGCUGCCUAUGAACGCUUUUGGCAUGUACAUGUCGGGCAACAGUCUUCAAAUCUUCAGCAUCAUGAUGGUCUUCAUGCUGUUCAAGGGCCCUAUUCAAGCCCUCAUCAACAUUCAGAAUGUCUUUUCCCGCUUCGAGACCGAAGGCACUCGCGAUCGCUUGAUCAUGGUCAAGCUUGCCUACGUCGCAUGUAAUUUCCUGGCUCUGGCACUCGGUAUCUGGAAAGUCAAUGGCAUGGGCCUUCUGCCAACUACCCGGUCCGAUUGGCUCGCAUGGGAAACUGCCAGAGAGCCAAUUGCAAGAGCCUAUCCCAGCUCUUUGUUAUGA